AUGGCUGCUACCACCAUGGCUGCUGCUAAGCUUGUCUCUGGCGUUAUCGCUGCCGCUUCCUUCCCGGCUCAGAGGGCGAACCUCACGUCCUCCUUCGCAGGUGUGCGCCAGCAAUCAGCCACGGCUGCUUUCGGCGUCAGAUCCACUGCUCGCACAGUCGCGUUCUUCAAGCUCGGCGGAGAGAGCGCCAAGAGCGCCGGCAUCUUUGCCAGCCAACUUCGCGAUGACUAUGACGCUGACGACGUUGCCCACUACUUCAACUACUCCGGCAUGCUCGCCGCCGAGGGGACGUACGAGAAGAUGGAGAAGAUGAUCGAGUCCGGAACGCACGCGUGCGACAUUCUGCUCAUGAUGGCUGCGUCGGAAGGCGAUGUGCGGAAGAUCGAGGAGCUCCUGUACGCUGGUGCGCGGUGCGACGUGCCCGACUGGGAGGGACGGACGGCCUUGGACCGCGCGUGCAAUGACGAGAUCAGGGAGAUGAUUCAAAAGGGUGCUCUGACUGAUGCCAUCUAA